UUAUACUUGCAUAUAUACUUUUCAAAUUAUGUGAUGUCAAUGACACAGACAUUUCAAUGUUUACUUUGUCCUAAAUUCACCUUGUUUACUUCCAAGAAGAAGAAGCUGUCUAACUGGCUUCCUAGCGGCUCGCCGCGUUGUUAUUAUAUUUUGAUAUUGCUCAGAAGUACUGAAAAAUCACAUUGGACUUGUAAGAAGGACUCCUAAAAAAUGUAUCUGUACAAUUUAACACUGCAGCGUGCCUCAGGCAUAACGCAUGCAGUGCAUGGCAAUUUCUCUGGAACCAGAACACAAGAACUUGUUGUGUCGAGAGGACGAUCGUUAGAACUUUUGAGGCCUGAUCCAAAUACAGGAAAGGUUCACACAAUACUGACAACUGAUAUUUUUGGAAUUAUCCGUUCUUUAAUGGCUUUUCGGCUGACAGGUGGAAAUAAAGAUUAUGUUGUUGUUGGGUCAGAUUCUGGCCGCAUUACCAUCCUGGAAUACAGCCAGGCCAAGAAUCAGUUCGAGAGGAUUCACAUGGAAACCUUUGGGAAGAGUGGAUGCCGCCGGAUUGUCCCAGGCCAGUACCUUGCUAUCGAUCCAAAAGGGAGAGCUGUGAUGAUUGGUGCUGUAGAAAAACAGAAGCUGGUCUACAUUUUGAACAGAGAUGCUGCUGCACGUUUAACAAUUUCGUCCCCAUUAGAGGCUCACAAGAGUAAUACUCUAGUGUAUCACACUGUUGGAGUUGAUGUUGGAUUUGAAAACCCUCUGUUUGCUUGUCUGGAAAUUGACUAUGAGGAGGCAGACACAGACCCUACUGGAGAGGCCAUUCAUCGAACACAGCAGACUCUCACGUUUUAUGAAUUGGAUCUUGGUCUGAAUCACGUAGUGAGAAAGUACCAUGAGCCUCUUGAAGAACAUGCAAACUUUCUGAUCUCUGUCCCAGGAGGUAAUGAUGGUCCCUCUGGUGUGUUAGUUUGUUCAGAAAAUUAUAUCACCUACAAGAAUCUGGGUGAUCAGCCUGAUAUCCGAUGCCCCAUUCCAAGGAGGAGAAAUGACUUGGACGAUCCUGAGAGAGGUAUGAUUUUCAUAUGUGCUGCAACUCAUAAGACUAGGUCCAUGUUCUUUUUCCUGGCCCAGACAGAGCAAGGAGAUAUUUUUAAGAUCACUCUGGAGACAGAUGAAGAUGUUGUAACUGAGAUCAAGUUGAAGUAUUUCGAUACUGUCCCUCCUGCAACAGCCAUGUGUGUUUUGAAGACUGGGUUCUUGUUUGUGGCCUCAGAAUUUGGAAAUCAUUACCUUUAUCAGAUUGCUCAUCUUGGUGAUGAUGAUGAUGAACCAGAGUUUAGCUCUGCCAUGCCACUGGAAGAGGGUGACACAUUCUUCUACGCUCCGAGGCAAUUGCAGAAUUUAGUUCUUGUCGAUGAACUUGAUUCUCUCUCUCCAAUUAUGGCAUGUCAGAUUGCUGAUUUAGCAAAUGAGGACACCCCACAGUUAUACACAGUCUGCGGCCGUGGACCCAGAUCAUCAUUGCGAGUACUCCGUCAUGGUUUGGAAGUUAGUGAGAUGGCAGUUUCAGAACUGCCAGGUAACCCCACAGCUGUCUGGACUGUUAGAAAAAGAAGUGAAGAUUUGUACGAUUCGUAUAUCAUUGUGUCUUUCGUCAAUGCCACCCUGGUACUGAGCAUUGGUGAAACUGUAGAGGAAGUGACGGAUUCAGGUUUCCUUGGAACAACACCAACACUUGCUUGUUCACAACUUGGUGAUGACGCUUUGGUUCAGAUUUAUCCAGAUGGUAUCCGACACAUCCGUGCUGAUCGUCGUGUUAAUGAAUGGAAGGCUCCUGGCAAGAAGACCAUCGUCAGAUGUGCACUGAACCAGCGACAGGUUGUCAUUGCUCUGACUGGCGGAGAGAUUGUCUACUUUGAAAUGGAUCCAAGUGGUCAACUGAAUGAAUACACAGAAAGAAAGGAGAUGAAGAGUGACGUCAUCUGUAUGGGCAUUGGCCGUGUACCUUUGGGUGAGCAGAGGUCACAGUUCUUGGCAGUCGGCCUCUCUGAUAACACUGUCCGAAUCAUCAGCUUGGACCCCAAUGAUUGUCUGACAGUCAGAGGAAUGCAAGCUUUGCCAGCCCUUCCAGAGUCCUUGAGUAUCAUUGAGAUGGGAGGGCAAGAGGGCUCUGAUAACGAGCCACGAACACUUGGAGCUCUUUAUCUCAACAUUGGAUUGCAGAAUGGAGUAUUGUUAAGGACUGUUCUAGACUCUGUCACUGGUGAUAUGUCAGACACUCGUACUCGUUAUUUGGGUUCCAGACCAGUUAAACUUUUCAGGAUUAUCAUGCAGGGAAAUGAGGCUGUACUUGCCAUGUCGUCCCGAUCGUGGCUUUCGUAUUACUACCAGAACAGAUUUCAUCUGACUCCUCUGUCUUAUGAAAGUCUUGAGUAUGCUGCGGGUUUCUCAUCUGAACAGUGUCCUGAGGGUAUUGUAGCCAUUUCAACCAACACACUGAGAAUUUUAGCUCUUGAAAAACUGGGUGCUGUGUUCAACCAGGUUUCUCAUCCACUUGAAUACACGCCCCGCAAGUUUGUCAUUCACCAGGAAAGUGGACAUCUAGUUGUCAUUGAGACUGACCACAAUGCCUACACUGAAGAAACCAAGAGACAGAGGAAGAUGCAGAUGGCAGAGGAACUUCGAGAAGCAGCUGGAGAGGAAGAAGCUGAAGUUGCAGAAAGAAUGGCAGAGGCUCUCCUGUCUGAAGAUUUGCCAGAUGCUGUGUUUGGCUCGCCAAAAGCUGGACCCGGGAUGUGGGCAUCUCUUAUACGCAUCAUUGAACCAAUUCAGGGUAAUACACUCCACACCAUCAGACUGGACCAGAAUGAGGCAGCUUUUAGCAUUUCCCUUGUGAAGUUUGCCAACCAGAGUGACAUGGAUCAACAGUUCCUCCUAGUUGGAACAGUCAAAGAUUAUCAGCUCAGUCCUCGUCAGGUUGAGUGUGGAUACAUAUACUGCUACAGGGUGGUUGGAGAAUGCACAAGCUUAGAACUCGUUCAUCGUACUGAGGUGGAAGACAUACCGACUGCCUUGUGCCCUUAUAAUGGCAGAGUUUUAGUGGGUGUUGGCCGGCUUCUAAGAAUUUAUGACUUGGGGAAGAAAAAACUGCUGCGCAAGUGUGAAAAUAAGCACAUACCAAACUUGAUUGUUGACAUUAAAGCUCGUGGUCAAAGAGUUUUUGUCAGUGACGUCCAGGAGAGCCUGUUUGUGCUGCGCUACAAGAGACACGAGAACCAACUCAUUAUAUUUACGGAUGACACAAACCAGCGUUGGGUCACAACGUCUUGUCUGUUGGAUUAUGAUACUGCUUCAGUUGCCGAUAAAUUUGGCAACAUUGCUGUGGUCCGCUUAGGGAACGACAUAAAUGAUGAUGUAGAUGAAGAUCCAACAGGAAACAAAGCCCUCUGGGAUAGAGGGUUAUUGAAUGGAGCCUCCCAGAAGACUGAAGUUGUGGCUAAUUUCCAUGUGGGAGAGACUGUGAAUACUCUGGAGAAAGCAACUUUGAUUCCUGGAGGCAGUGAAUCUCUCGUAUACACAACGCUCAGUGGAACCGUUGGAGUCCUCGUACCUUUCACGUCCCGAGAAGAUCACGAGUUAUUCCAAAAUCUUGAGAUGCACAUGAGAACGGAACACCCUCCUUUGUGUGGCCGAGACCACCUUUCCUUUAGAUCAUAUUUCUUCCCUGUCAAGAAUGUUAUUGACGGAGAUCUCUGUGAACAGUUCAACAUGGUGGAUGCUGGCAAGCAGAGGAACAUCGCCGAAGAACUGGACAAGACACCAAACGAACUGUCAAAACGGCUGGAAGAUAUAAGAACGAGAUAUGCCUUUUGAAGUGCUUAUGUUUGCUUUUUCAACUUUGUAUUUGUAUUUGUUUUACAGGAGAAAUUAUGUUUUUUUUUAGUCAAUGUUCCUUUUUAGCAAUUACAAGUACUACUGCAGUUCACUAAGAGCUAAAAUGUUUCUCUUGACAUUUUCUCUUAAAGAUGAAAUGUUCAUGUUUAAUUGUUCUUUAGCAUUUUCUCUUUGAAUACUAGUUAUUCAUGUAAUUUUCUUUAUGAAAAAUAUUUCAAGGUAUCUUUUCAUCUUUAAAUAAGUGCAUUCUAAGGAGGAAUGUGAUGCAAAAUUUUAAAUUUUGCACUGAUGGUUCUUGGCCAUAAUGUACAAAUUACAUUUUACACUAAAGUAACUUAGAAAUUUUUGCUGGAAAUACCUUUUUCCAACUUUCAGAGAUUCACAUUUGUUGCAAUUUUUUUCUUUUGGUCAGAAGUAAAAAGGUAAGGAAUUCUACCACCAUGAGAUGUAUUAUCUACUACUUGCUAAUAUAUAUAUAUAGUAAGUAUAUAUAUAUAUAUGGACUCCUGCAGUGGGCUCCCAUGUUUGCAAACUGUUUGGCAUUUAAAGGAACACCAGGCCACUUGCAAUCUGCAUAGAAUUUAUACCAUAGAGUACAGUACGUAUAUCAUUCUCUGAUUACCCCAGUUAAUUUUUGUUUAAAUAUUCAACAGAAUGUGUGUGUUGUGUAUAGUACUGCAUAUUUGGAUGGGAUGGAUGAGUAUGUAAAUAUUUCCUUUAUUUUAAUGUAAUAAAUUAAGGUUUUUCA